CCCACGUUGAAGGAAUUCCUGCCCUUGCUGAUACAGGAGUCGCAGUUAUUAUUCAACAUCGUCUAAUUAAUGAUAGUCCCUCGCUGGAUGUCGUUACUGAGAUAUUCCUCUGACUCAGUCGCGUUGGGACGCUCGCUGGAAAUCACGCUACAGAAAUCAUGCUCGUAGCCACCGAGACCUUGGCCCUCCCGAUCGACUGCCCAGUCGAGUUCUGUUCACCCUCUGCCUUGAACAUGGUGCGAAUGCCUGAGCGGCGCUGUUCUGUGCUUGGUUAUUGGUAUGGCCGGGGUGUUUCUGGAGGGUGGACUUCGCAAGUCGAGAACGAGCUGUAUGUCGUACCGCUGCUAUACCAGACUCUUGCCCAAGUCACCUCCGCCACUGCACGGCCUUCGCAGACGGAGUCGCGAACGUGUUCACAACGUAAAAUACCGUAGACGAUCCUGCCCCCAAACUUUGAGCGGAGCGGCGUGCUAACAAGCCAAGACGGUGGGGGAGGUGGUGGCCUUCUUGAAGGAAGGAAAUCUGCCCCAGCCAAGGCCCGGUUGGUCGGGGAGCUGCACAAUCUGGCGGCUUGAGCGGAUUUUAUCGUUUUCAGUAGCGCAGGUGCCACAUGUCCCUUUCUAUACAUUCGUGUUAUCUUAUCCUUGGCAGUUGCACGCAAGCACCCCAGAUACACCGCUGAUGUCACUGCCAUCGCCGGGAUCCGAUGGGUCCGACGCCGAAACGCCGGUGGGCUUGACUAAUUGGGCCACCGUGCGCACCUUUUAGCACGCACAGCUGUGCUUGGGGGGUGCCUUGGCAUCUAGACUCGAUCCACGAGUUUUCACUGGGCUCCACCGGGCCCGCGCAACGAGGGCGGGAGGGGGGCCACCCAACGAGUAAUCGUUCUGCCGGUUCCGCGACCACAGGGCCGUCUGUGUAUAAAUAAAUGAUAGCUGUGGGGUCGUGCGUGCUCACUUACUCACGCACCUCGCACGUUGAGAUACUGUAAUCUCUCUGCGACCAUGUCCGACACACGCGCCUCCUCCAGCGCCUCCAGCGAUCACGCGCCGGCCGUCGACGCCGACCGCACCGAGUCGAUACUUACCACCACCGCCGCCGAAGGGCUGCCUCCUGCAGACGGAAAGCCGCCGGAGACGAUCAUCGAGCUGACGGACCAGACGAACAGGCUGCCGUUCAGGAAGCUGCUGCCCGUCUUCCUCGGGCUCGCGCUGUGCGUGGUCGUGUCGACGCUCGACUCGGUGAUCGUCGCCACCGCGCUGCCGACGAUCUCCGCCGCCUUCGAUGCGGGGUCCGUCGUCUCGUGGGUGCCGUCCGCGUAUCUGCUCACGUCGACGUGUUUCCAGCCGCUGUACGGUCGGUUUUCGGACAUCUUUGGGCGCAAGAGCGCGCUGUGCCUCGCCAUGGCGCUGUUCAUGUUUGGCAACCUCCUCGCGGGCUUCUCCAAGACCAUCGUGCAGCUGAUCGUGUUUAGAGGGUUUGCGGGUGCGGGGGGUGGAGGUCUUAUCAGCAUGAUGCAGAUCGUCGUGUCCGAUCUCGUCAGUCUGCGCGAGAGGUGUUUGCAGAUCUGUGACUCGUUUCUUGUCAGCUGCUCAUUUGAACACAGAGGAAAAUACCAGGGUAUAAUUGGAGCAGUUGUGGCGGUCGGAUAUGCGAUUGGGCCUGUGGUUGGCGGUGCUCUUGCCCAGCAUGUGGGUUGGCGGUGGUGUAUGUGGAUUACGAUCCCCAUCUCCUUCGUGGCGACGUGCGUCGUCGUCUUCGUGCUGCCGCUGAAAGCCGUCCGCGGCGACAUCCGCCAGAAACUGCUGGCGAUAGACUACAUCGGGACGAUCCUGACCUUGGCGGGGUGCGCCCUGCUCAUGCUGCCGCUAAUCUGGGGCGGCGUUAUCUUCCCGUGGACGUCUUCCGUGGUGCUCGCGCCGCUCGUCUCCGGCUUCGUCGUCGUCGGACUGUUCUGCUUCUGGGAGUGGAAGGGCGCGCGGCUGCCCAUCGUCCCCAGUGCGUCGUCCGGUUUGUGUAGCGGGAAGAUAGUGACUCCGCUAGUGCAUAUAUUCAAGCAUUCUACGGUGACGGGGGUGCUGAUCGCCAUGUUUGUCAACGGUUUUGUGUUCUUCUCGUCGUUGUACUACCUUCCGCAGUUCUUCCAAGCAGCUCUGGGCUUUAGUCCCUUGAAAUCUGGCAUAUUCCUCGUACCGAUGCUGGUGACGCUGAUUAUGGGCAGCUGGGGAGCGGGCGUCAUUGUAAGCCGGACUGGCCGUUACAGAGCUAUCAUCUACGCUGGCUUUUCGAUCUGGUCCGUAGCGUGUGGUGUUCUAUCGACCGUCAACGCCCGGACGUCCAAGGCGGAGCUGGUGGUCCUCAUGAUGCUGGCUGGUAUCGGAGGCGGAGGUACUAUGCAAACGACGACGGUGGCAGCUCAGGCCAGCGUGCCGAGACGGGACAUGUCUGUCGUGACCGUGAUGCGUAAUUUCCUGCGGCUGCUGGGCGGUACUCUGUCGCUGGCAGUCGCCUCGACGAUAGUGAACAAUUCGCUGCAGACAUCGAUGAACUCGCUGCACAUCGCGCCCGCAAUCAUGACCCAGAUCAUCGACAACCCCGCGCUGCUGCACUCGCCCGAGUCUAUAAACCUGUCCGCGGAUGCCGCUGCGGAGAUCCUCGCGCACGGAUACAUCAAGGGCUUCAACUCGCUGUUCAUCAUGCACGUCGCGCUGACGGUGUCUGCGACAUUCGUCAGCGUCGUGCUGAUCAAGCACAAGGAGCUGACGCGCGGGGACGACGAGGCGCUCAAGCAGAAGGCGAUCCAGGAGGAGCGCGUCAGGAAGCUCGCGAAGGCGACGCUGAGGGGCGUUGCCAGCGGCGCGGUGACUCCGCGCGAUCUGGAGAGCGGGACAGUCACGCCGCACCACGGAUUUGAGAUGUCGCGGAUGCACUCGAAGGAGGCCUAAACGGCGGGCGGUGGAUGCCUUGCCAAUGUGUAUUUCUUGUGUUCUGUCGUGCUAUGUUGUAUUUUUGUCAACCGUGGGAAGUCCUCGGAUCAUGUGCAGGGGCUGUGGAAAAAUCUAGACCUACUGCACCGCCACCAUCAUGGAGUCGUGUGAGACUCGAGCCUUGGGAAGGCAAGAUGACACUCGCUCGUAAGAAACUCAUCUGCGCGUCGGACAUAUGUGAGUUAGCACAUGAGGGUCGAUCAAGGCCGCAGCUCCGUCGGCGAAUGAGAAGCGCUCGCCCGAAAUAGCCUGUUUGGCGGCCUCCCCCCUUCAGACCGAGGAAGAGGGCAUCCAUCAGGUUCUCAGUGUGGCUCCGAUCGGCUCCCAGACAGAGGGUUCUCCAGCUUCCUGAUUCAACGGCAGACUUGACGACCGACUACAGCCGCUGUCUUCCAUGUCUUGCAGCCCGUUCUGUAGCUUGCGUAGCGUAGCGGGGGAUGUUGGAGCCGGGCCCAUUCGCAGCAUGCGCGAGAGGUUCUUCUUGAUGAUUGGAGCUUCGCAUACGACACACCCUGCGACUGAGUACAGCUAAUGAAUGCGUCGUGAGUGGACAGGGCUGGAUCUUGUUCUUGAAGUUUCACGCGCCCUGCAAUCGUCAAACGCAACAACAACACCAUUCUCGCCUCGAAUGCGCGGAAGCGCACAGUGCCCCGACAUGGCCUGAGCCGCCAUCCAUCGCGUCUCUGCUCGAUAAGAAUGCGGUCGAGGCCCGAAGACGGGGACCCUGAAACGGAAGUCAUCAACAUCAAAUCGUCCGCGUGUCCUCUGUCGGGACAAGUUGACACGGAGGAUCUCUCGUCCCACUUGGGAUGGAGCGGGGAGGCUGAUCUGAACAUCCCUCCCAUCGACAGCGGGCAGCUGCAGUAUUACAUAUAUCCAUACUCGAUAUCAUGAGAAUGACAGGAAUCAGGCUCUCGUGUCACCUAAUCUUGUUGGACUGGAUGCAGCCUUGGAGUAUAUGACGGCCCGUGCUGAUCUCCGACAACUGUGGAGGAGAAGUUGAACUCGGGGCUAUUCCGCUUGAGCAGGCGUCUUCGUGUUCUGAUCCCCCCGCGGCGAGUUAUUCCUGUUUGUUUAUUGGAGUGUGAGUGUGAGGGCCCAGCUGAGAAAGAAGAGUCUGAAUCAGAACAUCACCUCGCUUAGAUUCUCAAGCGACCAACAGGGAAGGGAAGGGAUUCCCAACUAUUCUGCAAAUGGCGCAUAGCAAGUGGCAAUAACUGCUGGGAAUCUAGACAGCCUUUUCCAGCGCCGCCGAGAAUGUGGUUCUGAUGCUUGACAGCUGACCAGUUCCCAGGAAGAACAUGCCAUCGAAGGGGCUUUCAAAAGCUCAUUCGGUGCCUCGGUCAUUCUGCGUCCCUCCUUUCUCUUCGCUCGCUCGCUCCUCGACGCCUCAACCCGCCCGCCGCUUCUCCCCUCCCCCUCCCGUCUUGAAUCAUGGUCGACUGGCACUCCGCCAAUGAGCUCGCCAAGGAUCUCUUCGUCUUCAACAAAUUCAUGCAUACCCUGCUUGGCCUUUACAUAUGGGAAUGGUUCACGUCUCUUCCCUUCGACUGGGAGUUCAUCUCGGGCAAGAAACAGUUCCGCUGGCCGAUGAUAUUCUACUUUCUCAAUCGCUACUGCUUGCUCUUCGCGUUGAUUGGGAUCGCCAUCUCGCUCAAUGUCACGACGGAGAUCAACUGCCAAGGCCUGUACACGUUCAAUCAGUGCUUUGGGAAUGCUGCUAUCGGUUUGGCGAGCAUCAACCUCUCCUUGAGAACAAUUGCUGUCUGGAACCAGCGAUGGUACAUCGUCGUUCCGCUCACUGCUAUUAUCCUCGGCCAUUGGUCUCUUCUUCUCCACGGAAUCCUCCUGAAGGCGCAGUGGAUUCCCGGCGUGGGCUGCUCGAUUACGUCGACAAACAACCACCUGCUCGCGAUCACCUUCAUGUACUCGAUGGUCUUUGACUUCACGGUGCUCUCCCUUACGGCGUGGAAGCUCGUGUUCCCCACGGGCGGCAAGUCGCGUCUGGUCACGCUCAUCUUCAAUGACGGCCUGAUUUAUUUCGUCAUUGCGUUCAUGUCCAACUUGCUCGCUACGAUCUUCAUGCUUCUCAACCUGAACGCGGUGAUGUCCAUUAUCGCGAAUGUGCCUACUGCUAUCGCGUCCACGAUUGUCGCCUGCCGUGCCGUGCGCCGGCUGACGAACUAUGGAUCUGCGACGAGUGGAGCCCAGAUGUUCGGCGGAGGGGCUACGACAGCGAGUUCGACGCUCAACUUCCGCAACACGCUAAGCCAGGGCACCGUGCAUCGGCCGAAAGUGAUUACCAACGCGAAACUGUCAGAGGGUGUCCAUGUCCAGAUGGAGACGUUCGAGAGCCCCAUCUCUGAGCGUGGAUUCCUCGAAUACGACUCGAACGGGAAGAUCACGCGCACUGAGGUGCUGGGCGAUGCCGAGUCCCAGCAGCAGCAGAUAGAUGUCACGGAAGAGUUCAAGCAUCCGCCAUACUAGUUCCCCUGCCCGCCGUCAUGGCGCCUGGUCAGCUCGCUGCCUGGACUUGCACAGGCAUCCCUUCAUUCAGACACCUUCUCUUCCCUCCCCCCUCUCCCCGGUUGUCACUGGCCCAUCAUCCAUCAGAUACAAGAUACACAUCGCGCGCGCGCUCGAAGACACCUUCCAUCCAGCCGCUCUCUCCCUUGCAUCCCUGAAUAUACAUACGAAGCAUCAUCCAUCAUGUACUCACUUGACAGUUGAACUCGAAAAAAGUAAACGAGCGUUUGUAACUCCUACUGUACCUGUAAUUCCCGAUACCGUUGUAAAUGAAUUGGCUGUUCAUCUUGACUCCGAC